AAAUACUCCACUAUAUUUAUAUAAAUUCCCGUGAAAUGGCCCGUCUCUAUGACUCCCGGACCACGAUAUUUUCCCCAGAGGGCCGUCUCUACCAGGUGGAGUAUGCCAUGGAGGCCGCCUCGCAGUCGGGCACCUGUCUGGGCAUCCUGGCCAGGGAUGGAGUCCUUUUAGCCACCGAACGUGUGACCCACAAGCUCUUGGACUCCAGUAUUCCAGCUUGUAAGAUCUGUAGGUUAAGUGAGGACACUGCCUGUUGUGCCACCGGCAACACGGCGGAUGGAAAUGUGCUGACCUACGAGUUGCGUUUGAUCGCCCAGCGAUAUGCUUCUACUUACGGUGAGGUGAUACCCUGCGAGCAGCUGGUCUCGCAUCUGUGCGAUGUCAAGCAGGCGUAUACGCAAUAUGGUGGCAAGCGGCCCUUUGGCGUCUCGCUGCUUUACAUGGGCUGGGACUGUCGCUUCGGCUUUCAGCUAUAUCAGUCCGAUCCCAGUGGAAACUAUAGUGGCUGGAAGGCCACCUGCAUUGGCCGCAAGUCCGGAGCAGCCACGGGAAUGCUGCAACAGGAACUUUUCACCAGGGAAUACGUGAAUCCCACUCUUGAGGAAGCCAAAAAUGUGGCCAUUAAGGUCUUGGCCAUGACCUUGGAUGGUUGCAAACUCAGUGCCUCCAAGGUGGAAAUGGCCACUUUGCAACGUUUAGAUAACUAUACCAUUUACAAAAUUGUGGAGACCUCUGAGAUCCAUAAACGUAUCGAGAAAUACAACACAUUGCAGGCGCAGGCUGCUAAACGAAUGUUCUGUAAUCCCUAG